AUGAAGUUUAUUAUAACACAACUAUUAGUUUUAUAUUUAACAACGAUAUCAUAUGCAGUUGAUGAAUAUGCGGAUCAAUGUUCACAACAAACAUGUUUAUCAUUAAAUAUAGAUGAGAUUGACAUUAGUAAAUAUAUAAAUGGUACUGAUGAAGAUCGAAAUGAAAUAGCACUAUUAUUUGAUAAAAGUUUUCAUAAUUAUGGUAUUGUUCGAUUAAUAAAUCAUCAAGUAUCAUCGACAAAUGAAUUAUUUGAUAAAGCUAAAGAAUUUUUUUCAUUAGAUUUAAAAACAAAAAUGAAUUAUUUUGUCGAUGAAUUCUUCGGAUAUAAACCGAGUGGUUCGACAUCCGUAGCUAAUUAUAACGGUGAAAAGAAAACAACAUUAUCCGAUUCAGUCGAAUGUUUUCUUUCAUUAUUAGAUCAAUAUGAUAAUUUACCCACAGAAUUUCAAUCCAUAGUACCGAAAUAUAUGAAUGAAACAAAAAGUGUUAUUAAUUCAAUACAUCAAAUAGUUGAUAUGGCAUUAGAACUCGAUGAAGAUAAUUCGAUUACUAAAAAUUAUACAAAUCAUGAUAAACCAAGAUUCACUUUGAGAAUAGCAAAAUAUUUGCCAAAUGAACAGAAAAUAAAUUUCGGAGCACAUAAAGAUUAUCUUGGUUUUUCAUUGAUAGAAAAUGAUCAUGUUUCAGGGUUAGAAAUUGAAGUAAAUAAUCGAUGGUAUCAAGUUAUACCCAAACCAAACAGUUUACUGUUAAUAGGAGGUGAAUUCAUUGAGCGUUGGACAAAUAAUUACUGGAUAUCUGCAUUACAUCGUGUUUCGUCGGUAACCGAACCUCGUUACUCUGCAAUUCUAUUUACUGCACCAGAUUUAAGCAAAAUUAUUGAUGUUUUACCAUGUAAAAAAUGCUUAGAAAAUCACUCAUCAAAAAAAUAUGAACCUGUAACGGGUUAUGAUCAUUUGCAAUCAAGAGAUAAAGCUCAGGCAUUUAAUUCAAAUGAUGAUGAGUAG